AUGUCAAGACAGUACCUCAACUUCCCCAGUCUCCCGGACAAUGCGGAGAAGGACGGAAAACUGCGAUUGAACCGACAUUCCAGCUACAUCACCAAUGACCAUGACUUUCCAGCUGCUAAGACUAUGCUAUACGCUGCCGGAGUGCCGGACGAACACACCAUGCAAAACAGCCCGCAAGUUGGAAUUGCUUCGGUGUGGUGGGAGGGGAAUCCGUGCAAAAACCUAGCUGAGUUUGAGCCCUCUGUUAGCAUGCAUUUGCUCGAGAUCGGAAAGGUGGCCAAGGAAGCCGUCAUGAAGGAAGGAUUUCUUGCCUGGCAGUACAACACGAUUGUACUGGAGACACAAAAAGACACAUGGCUGAUAGCUUCAGGCAUGCGUUUCUCACUACAGUCCCGCGAAAUCAUUGCCGACAGCAUCGAAACAGUCACCUGUGCUCAGAGUCACGACGCUUGCAUUGCAAUCCCAGGCUGUGACAAAAAUAUGCCUGGCUGUGUCAUGGGCAUCGCGAGGCACAAUCGUCCCUCGGUGAUAAUAUACGGCGGCACUCAACGUGGAGGCUUCAGUAAGCUUCUACAGCGGCCGAUCGACAUUAACACUUCAUCCGAAGUCCGAGGCGCAUACAUACUGGGUAGGAUGAACGAGUGGGCUAAGAGAUCCGACUACACGCCCGAGGAGCUCAUGUGUGAUGUCGAGAAGAAUGCGGUGCCAGGACCGGGAGCCUGCGGUGGAAUGUACACUGCCAACAGUCUUGCGGUUGUCAUCGAAGUUCUUGGUCUUUCCAUCCCAGGGUCUUCCUCGUCACCGGCCAAAUCUCCGACCAAGAUGAGAGAAUGCAGUUCCAUGGGCAAGGUUAUCCGAAACUGUCUCGAGAAGAACAUCAGACCCAGCGACCUCUUGACUAGGAAGGCUUUUGAGAAUGCUCUCACAAUCAUGAUGUGUCUUGGAGGAUCAACCAAUUCAGUCCUACACACAAUUGCUAUGGCUAAGACAGCUAAUGUCGACCUCACGCUGGACGACUUUCAGCGUGCCUCCAACAAAACACCCUACAUCGCGAAUAUGCAGCCGAGCGGGCGCUACAACAUGGAGGAUCUAUACAACAUCGGAGGGAUCCCGUCAGUUGUCAAGCUCUUGAUCGCAGGAGGGCUUCUCCGUGGCGAUACAUUAACCGUGACAGGCCAGACGUUGGCCGAGAAUGUGGAAUCUUGGCCUUCUCUCCCCCAGGGACAGGAGAUUAUACGAUCUCUUGAUGCUCCGAUCAAACCCACUGGCCACAUCGAGAUCUUACGCGGGAACAUUGCCCCUGGAGGAGCCGUGGCCAAGAUCACAGGGAAACAAGGCCUUCAGUUCACUGGCAAGGCCCGAGUAUUUGAUGGCGAGCAGGCUUUGUGUACCGCACUGGACAAAGGACAGGUGCCUCGCGAUGAGAACAUCGUCUUGGUCGUGCGGUAUGAAGGCCCCAAAGGUGGUCCCGGGAUGCCAGAGCAGCUGAGGGCCUCAGGGUCAUUGAUUGGAGGCAACUUCAAGAACGUUGCCCUCAUCACUGACGGGAGAUACUCUGGUGCCAGCCACGGGUUUAUCGUUGGACAUAUUGUUCCGGAAGCAGCUGAAAGGGGACCUAUCGCCAUCGUCGAGGAUGACGAUGUGAUCUGUAUUGACGCAGUAUCUCAUCGCAUUGACAUGCCACACAUUACAGAGGAGCAAGUCAAGAGGCGCCUAGGGUGCCUGAAGCCGUUCGAUAUGCCUGUUACAAGAGGCGCUCUUGCCAAGUACGCGCAUCUGGUGAAAGAUGCUUCUAGAGGAGCAGUGACGGAUAUUUUCUGA